UCACUAUACUUUCAAAAGUAGUAAUAAUAUCUCUAACUUUUAUAAUGUUUCAAACAUACUUCAAGGUAUAAACUUUUUUUAAAUAAAGAAACAAAAUUUAGAUCACUGCAUCAUUUUAGAUUAUUGCCACACAUUUGUAUCCUUAAUUUUUGUUAGAAAUUGUAAGUAUGUAGUUAGAGGUUGGGAGGUUCAACCACCACUCUCCAAUGUUACAAAUAAUAUCUUUAUUCUUUUAAUUUUAUCUAAUCUAUGAUCUCCAACUACUUUCCUUUUUCUUUUAACUUACUCUCCCCGCCGCCGCACUCUUCUUUUUCUCUUUUAUCUCGCGUUGUUGCCGUCGAUUUCACUGUUUCACCUCCGGCUUCAAUGGCGCCGAGAUGGAAAGGGAAGGCUUCAGAAGCCAAAGCUCUAGCUGAUCCCAUCUCCAGUACUGUACUUCACCUUCAAUCUUCUUUCAUACAGUCCAACGCUCGAGGAUUAUUAUCUGGUUCUACCAUACUUUAUCUAGCCGACGAAGAACAAACCGAUCUUCUUAAUCGCACUUGUUUCGGCCGACAAAUUCUUACUGCUGAGAAGGACAAACAAUGGUUUCAAUUUGGCAUGGAGGAGGCUUUUUACUUGUCCUAUCACUUGAAUUGCCUCAAAAUUGUCGAUGGACAAGACUGUGAAAUGAAUUUUCAAGAGCUUUGGCGGUAUAUGAAGACCCAAAAGGCUACAUUCCCUGAGUUUUACAUUGCUUACCGACAUCUUCGAUUGAAGAAUUGGGUUGUUAGACCUGGAUCUCAAUAUGGGGUUGAUUUUGUGGCGUAUCGUCAUCAUCCGGCUCUUGUUCACUCUGAAUUUGCUGUUCUGGUGUUGUCUGAAGGAAGAGACAGUAAUGGAAAUGGGCGAUUGAGGGUUUGGUCUGAUUUUCUUUGCACAAUUCGGCUUUGUGGAAGUGUUGCUAAAACGUUGCUAGUUCUUUCCGUCAAUGAUAAUGGAAGUGAAUUUGUUUCUCCUUCGUGUUUGGACAGUUACUCCAUUGAAGAACGCACAGUUACGAGAUGGAGUCCAGAACAGUGCCGUGAAAAUCCUGCAGAAGUGUGAAAUAGACCAACUUUUAAGGUAUUCUCUUAUGAAGAUGAACUAUGUGCGGAAAAUGGAAACCAAGAAUUUUGAAGAUAAUGUAAAUGAUGCAAGAAAAGGAGGCAGAGGUUUUAACAUGUCAAACACUGCAACACGAGGAACUACUGAGAAAUCAUAUCCGUUUCAAUAGAGGUUACUACCAUUAUGUUAUAUUGCCAUGGAAGGAAAACCGUGAGAAUAUGACUAGGAGGAUGGUCUCCUCCAUUGUUGUGUUGCUACAAUCAAGACAUUAGUGGUUUCAAUCCUCCUAACUCAAAAGGAAGAAGAUUGUUGUGUUAUUCAUGCUAACCAACAAUAUUUCUUGGCCA